CAUAAGCAUGUUCUGCAUCGGCUGAGUUCUAACAUCAAUAAAUAUCAGAAAUAUGCUUACCGUGCAGGGACAAGUAAUUCAAUACUUUUCCAAAGAGCAUUAAAAGUAUAAAUCAUGAUAUAAAUGUAUUUAAGCCAGUAUUGAAAGAUUAUCUUUUAUCUCACUGAAUACAUAUUUAAAUUGAUGUAAUAAGUAUCAUGUUUUGUACUGAAUGUUUGUAUCCAUACUAUGAAAUAUACCACAUCCUUGACUUAUACUAUGAAGAGUCUAUAGAAUGUAAAUCAAUUCUAAUUCUAAAAAAAACAAAAAAACAUUUGGCCUGAUUAUUAGGUCCAGCCACAGUAAUAUUUAUCACAUGUAUAUGAAAGUCAAGUCUCUACAAGAAUAAAAUAUAUGUAUUUGUUGACUUGCUUCAUAGUUUGAAAUGCCAUCGUUUGGUAAACAUUGAAUAUUCCUUGAGGUUCAACUACUGAAGAGUUAAUAGCAGUUUUGUUGUAAAAGGUGCCUGUGAAUAACAUUAAGUACAUUACAUAUCGUAACCAUCUGGUUAUGUGCCAUCAUUAUGAACUAUUGAUCCUGAAGAUGGAGGCAGCAUGUUACUCUGCAAGACACAGCAACGUAGAAGAUUUCUAUAACUGUGGGCUGUAAGAACGUGUUAUUAAAUGGAGCAUUCAUUGUAUUCUGUCCCAAUAAUCCAGCAAGACCUACGACAAGAGGAAACUAUUCUCCAGAUUUCAGAUGCAUUGGAUUAUCUAGACCAAGUGGUUAAAGACAUAUUUGCUCGAGUUGAGUCUCGAGUAGUGGAAAGUAAAGCCAAGCUAGAGAAAUUACAUAAACGAGCAUCUUUUGCCAAGAUGAAAGUUGAAAAGCUGACUGGAAGCAGUAAAGCAACAAAAGUGUUCUCUAGUGCCAAAUACCCAGCUUCGGACGUUCACAGCGACUAUCGUUCCAUUUUCAAGUCAGACGAUCCUCUGCCCUUUAAUAGACAUCCAGUGAAAAUCAAAAGUAAACAUUUACCAUUGGAAGGAAAAGUUUUGCAGGAAAAACUUCAGUUUUAUCAUGUGAAAGUAAGUAACAGACUUUUGCACAGAAAUGUUGAAAUAACACCGGAUGAAGGACUAGGAAGUUUGCCUAGAAAUUUGGAUUCCAUCGGCUCUCUUCUGCUGUUCAACACUUCAGAAAACCCAUACAGGCAAUAUGUCAUGUUGGAUCCUUUGGGAGUGGUGACAAAGACUCGACAAGCCUUAGAGGAGGAAGAGGAGCAGCGAAUGGAAGCUGCACCUAUCUCCAUCUCGCAGAGGGAAAUGUUAGACCAUCCAGCAGGAGAGAACUACUUUUAUUCUCCCGGUCUGGGUGAAGUGCCACAGAUUGAUGUUCCUCUCGAUUUACCUGACCUUCCUGGAGUAGCAGAUGAUCUGAGGUACAGCAUGGAUCUGGGGCCUAUGAUUGCCCCGUCCGUAUCGACUACGCCGGCCAUUCCGGAGUUACCAAGUUUGGUACCUGAGAGCCCAUCGUCUCCUCCUGCAGCUGCGGCCCCCCCUCCUCCAGCUGCUCCUGUACCUCCUGCUUUCCUCCCACCACCUCCACCUCCACCGCCUCCUCCUCCGCCUCCCCCACCUGUUACAGCUACUGCUCCACCUGUUCAUACCGCUCCGGAGCCUGUUCUUUCUUCUGCGCCGCCCAAAGCACCGGUUGUUAAGUCUGCUGGAGCAAGUACUGAAGGCAGUAGCGAUGCUCGUGCGAACCUCAUGGAAGCUAUUCGUCAGGCUGGAGGUUCAGGAAAAGCCCAAUUAAGAUCUGCUAAAGAUAUUAAAAUUGAAGCAAAAAAGAAGAAAAUGGAGCAAAAAGCAAGUGGAGGUGGAGGUGAUUUAAUGGACGAUCUUCAUGCCAAGCUUUCAAUGCGAAGGAAGGGUAUAUCAGGUGCAAACAAGCUAGAGUCGUCGGUGGGUGUAGCUAUGGAACGAGUUUCAGCCAUGAUCCCACCACCAGGAUGCACAGAGCCCAUUUCAUCGAACACCGAGGACGAUGAAGACUGGGACUAAACAUUAGUACAGUUGAAUAAAAUUAUGUAUUUCAGCUGAUAUAUUAACUCUCGGAAGUGGUUUGCUUGUCACUAGUGGACUGCAUGUUUGUGGAAGCAAACUUUAUUCUGUGUCUAGUCUUUUUUUCCCUCACAUAUUUGCAAAGCUGUGCUUCUUUGAAAGCACCAUUGACUUAAACAAUGUAGCGCUCUCUCUGUCAUUUUUCUUGUAGCAGCUGAUGUGCUUGCCUCGUGUUGUUGGACGGACUGUAUUUCUAGCUGUAGGUUCAAAGGAGGUGCCUUGUGUUAGAUUUAGGCACAAAUGAAGUUAUCAAAAUAAGUGAAAAGAAUGUUUAUUGUUGAAUCAGCAAAGUUGAGAUUAAAUUCUCUAAACAAUAUCGACAGAUGAUUUGUUUGUUAAAUAUGUUUUAUUUUUCCCUAUCAAUACUCAUGACAAGAUUGUUUCUUGUGUGUUGAAUUUCACAUAUGUUUAUUACGUUCACAUGUUACAAAUGUACCAAGUAAAUGGAAUAAGUGCAAAAUGAUUUUUCUUACUAUUGCUGAUUCACAAAUAGUUAAAUCGAUUAUAAAAUUUUAUAAAAUAAUUACCCUAUUGAAAUGAACAUAAAAAUAUCUUGUAACUAAGUGGUAUUGUUAAAUGACAACCAACCAAAUGAAGUGAAUUAAUAAAAUCAUUACCAAA